AUGAGGUUUCUCCCGUUGUUCGGCCUCGUCUGUGCACUAGUGGCCGUUGCCGCUGGGUAUCCGAGCCACGAGCACUUGGAUGUCGACAAGUGGAGAUGGAAGAAGCUCUCCGAUGGCUUCGCCAGCCACAGCCUUCGCAGCAGCAACAGCGGCGGCAGCCACGGUCAGGAAGUCGAAAAGAAGACCAGACAGCCCAGUUAUAGCAAGCACUUUCAUGACUGGAACCAGGACCACGAUGCUGAGACGAAGGAGGGAGCUAUCGUGCUGUUCGACAGGAAGGCGAACAUGGACUCACACAAGUCCUUCGGCCGCGGUUAUCUCUCAAAGGCACGAGGAUCCAAGUCUGGAGGCAAGAAAUCUCUCGUCGCGAAGGCUAGCAUGAGUUACGGCAGCGGUCCCUUUGGAAUGUCCGGUGAUGAGGACUUCGGAGACUUUGGCUUCAGGGAGGGCUACGACCAUCGUCGCCGACACGAUAAAUACUCACACUUCGGAGGCGGUUUCCGCGACUUGACGCAUGAGGCUUCACGCCGAGCUCACAGACCACGGAUGGAGUUCGACUUCGACUAUGAUGAUUUCGAUCGGGGCUAUGAUUACUAUUACGAGCCCUACUUCGAUGACUCCCAGUACCCGGACUAUGACUUUGAUGACUUCUACUAUCCGGACCAACGCUUCUACCACGAUCACUGGGCUGACUAUGACUUCCCAUAUGAGGACGAUUACUACCCCUAUUACGGUGGGUAUGAGCCUGAAGAACAUUAUGGAGGCCUGUAUGAUGACUACGACUUCCCUGAGUACGAACUGGACAGACACUAUGGCCGAUUUGUCAAUCAUCAUGACUUUGGCCACCCCUUCCGCAGAAUGCACUACUAG